AUGCAUGCUCUUACUUUUGUAUGUGUUCUUGAACUUCUACAUGCUUUGCCACAAUGCACUAUCCACGCCUCAGAGUUUAAUUUGGAAGGAGAUUAUCUGAUGGGUGGAAUUUUUGAUGUUCAUCAUGUCCUCGACCCUGCUUACAAUGACAGACCUGAAGCAAUCGACUGUACCAGUGAAAGCUUUGAUCCUACAAGUUAUCGGAGGUUUCAGUUGAUGAGAUUCUCUAUUGAGGAAAUUAAUAAUUCAACCAACCUGCUGCCAAAUGUAUCUCUUGGCUAUGAGAUAUUUGACCACUGCUCAAAUACAUUAAACUUCCCAGGACUUUUCAAACUCCUCUCAGUUAAUGGCUUGAUUCAACCUUGGAGCGAACCAAUCAAAAAUCUGUCUAAAGUACCCAAUGUCAUUGCAGUAGUUGGCCCUUAUACCAGCACUGACAUCACGACUGUAGCACCACUUUUCAUGGUGGAUCUCAUUCCUAUGGUCAGUUAUGGAGCUGGUAGUUCUUUCUUUUCAGAAAAGGCAAAAUUCCCCUCUUUCCUAAGAACAGUAUUUUCCAAUACAGCCAUCAUAGACGUGAUUGUUAACAUCAUACAGCACUUCAACUGGCGCUGGGUUGCUUUUCUUAACACUGAUAAUGAUUUUGGCAUUAAUGGACUGGACAUUUUCAUAAAGAGGAUCAAGGAUACUGAGAUCUGCCUGGCAUACACCAAAAGUAUCAACUACCAAACAAAUUACUCACAAAUGUUCAAACAGAUAGAGGCUCAGAGGAUCAACGUCAUCAUUGUUGUUUUCGUUCCAAGGAAAACCGCUGAAGAUCUUGUUAUGUCAGCCAUAAAACUGAAUAUCACAAACAAGGUGUGGAUAGCAGGUGACACUUGGUCCUUAAACAAGUGGCUUCCUAAGGAGGAAGGAAUACAACAUAUUGGAACUGUACUUGGAAUUUCUCAACCAGUAGUGUCGAUACCUGGAUUCAGUGAUUUUAUCUAUUCAACCAAAAGCAAGACUCAUUGUGACUCUGAACCGAUCAUCAACACAGAAGAAAGCACGUUUUGUAAUCAGUUUUGCAACUGCAGUGGCCUGAGUGCAGAGACGGUUAUUUCUGUGGACCCAUCUUACUCCUUUUCUGUGUAUUCUGCUGUGUAUGCCAUCGCACAUGCAUUACACAAGGCCUUGCAAUGUGGAUCCGACAGUUGUAAUCGCAAUACUACAUUGUACCCACACAUGGUCCUUGCAGAGCUGAAGAAGCUAAAGUUUACACUUUUAAACCAAAGUAUUGAGUUUGAUGAGUAUGGUGACCCCAAGUUUGGAUCCUAUUCCAUCGUUUUUUGGAAUAACAGUGGUGAUGCAGAGGAGAUCGGCUUUCACAAAUUUCAAACUCCAGUCAAUUUCUUCAUCAACAGCAGUAGAAUCCAGUGGUACACAAAGGGAGAAGUACCUUCUGCACUGUGUUCACCAGAAUGUGCUGCUGGAUAUGCUAAAAUGCAAAAUGGAAUCCACAAAUGCUGUUUCAACUGUGAAAUCUGUCUGAACGGAACUUAUAUCAACAUGACAGAGGAUCCCUACAAAUGCAUCAAUUGUACAUACACAGAAUGGUCUGAACCAGGAAGUACAUCAUGCAAUCUGCGGUCAGUGGAGUACAUCCCAUUCACAGACAUCGGAGCUGUACUGAUCAUGUUCGGGGCUGUGGCCUUGGUGGGUCUCUCACUUGCCAUGUCUGUUCUCUUUGCCAUCAACUACAACACCCCUGUAGUCAGAUCUGCUGGUGGACCAAUGUGCUUCCUCAUUUUAGGCUGCCUCAGUCUGUGUAGUCUAAGUGUGUUCUUUUACUUUGGUACGCCAACAACUUCCUCUUGUAUUUUAAGGUUCUUGCCAUUCCUUUUGUUCUACACGGUUUGUUUGGCUUCUUUCGUUGUGCGCUCUUUUCAAAUUGUUUGCAUUUUCAAAAUGGCCGCCAAGUUCCCAAAGCUCUACAGUUGGUGGAUGAAGUAUCAUGGACAAUGGCUGAUUAUCACAGUGGCUUUUGUUACACAGGCAUUCUUACUCCUUUUUGGCUAUUUUUAUUCUCCCCCCAGGCCCUACAAUGAAACAGUUGUGUACCCUGACAAAAUCAUACUUAGUUGUGAAAUUGACCUUGACGCAACCUCUAUUUCUGUGAUUUUACUUGUAUUUUUGUGCUUCCUCUGCUUCAUUUUCUCCUACAUGGGGAAAGACCUCCCAAAAAAUUACAAUGAGGCCAAAGCGAUAACCUUCUGCUUACUCCUGCUUAUACUCACCUGGAUCAUCUUUGCUACUGAAUACAUGCUUUACCAUGGCAAGUACAUCCAAACUCUUAAUGCUUUGGCAGUUCUCUCCAGCCUUUACUGCUUCCUGUUGUGGUAUUUCCUCCCAAAAUGUUAUAUCAUUAUUUUUCAACCACACAAAAAUACACAGCAGCAUUUCCAAGGUCUCAUUCAGAAUUAUACAAAAACAAUGAGUCAGUAA